AUGAGCUCCGACAGCGUCCGCGUGCGGUGCAUUUUGUUGCUGUGGCGCGGCGCAGUCAGCACGCGCAGGCGGCGCUGGGCAAAGCGAGAGGCCGGUGCGGCCCGGACGUCGGCGCUGCUGCUCGUGCUGCUGCUGCUGCGGUGGCUGCGGUUGCUGGGACUGGUCCGCGCGUCGGCGGCGCUGCUGGGCGACGGCACGAACGUGUGA